AUGCGUCUUGUCUCUGCCAUUGCCGCCUUCGCCGCAGUUGCUACUGCUGCGACUGCAGACACCGUCUCUCCUGAGCUGGCGAGCAUUGGAGAGCCGUCGACGGUGCUAAAUGUCACCUUUGCGGUGGGGUUAACUGCAGUCAGCUUCACUCCUGGCAAGUUUCUGAACGCGAGCGGUAUAAUGCGCCGGAGCUGCAUCUCCAUGAUAUGGGGCUCAGCAGCUCGGGACUCUAUCUACUGCUCAUGGUCGACCCGGACUGGAACAAAACCACCCCCCCCCUCGGUGAUCGUACACACCGUGGUGGCCAACCUGACCACCACCAUUAACAGUACUAGCAACGAGAACGUGCUGGCUUUCUACAUUGCCCCGGCCCCCAAGUCCGGCACCUAUAACUAUAUCCUUUCGCUCUUCGACCAGCCCUCCAACUUCAGCAUCCCCAGCCGCUACGAAUCCUUCAUGCUGACCGACGAUGACACGCCCCUGAAUCGGCUAAACCUGCCGCUGGUCAGCUUCCUCAACCAGACUGGACUAGGCUUGCCGGUCGCGGCCAACUACUUUCGCGUCACAGCGGCGAGUAACGAUACCAGCAACAGCUCAAGUACAUCCGGUUCCAGCACGACCACAAGCUCGGGCACCAGCACCAGCACUAGCGCUGUUGCUAGCAAGAUAUCGAGUGGGGCGGGCCACAAGAUGCCCACGGGGAGUUAUCUGGCCGGUGCGCUGGUCUUGAUCGGUGCGGUGAUAGCCUCUGUCUAA